UAUACGCGUUGUUCAAAAUAUUAUUUACAUAUUGAAACUGAAACAUAUUGUAAGCUGCUGUUGUAAUUUCAAACAAAUUUUAGGAUUACGGAACCUCGAUCUUGUAACUUCAAUCUAACUUGACUGAAUUUUCAUAUCAUGUCUGCUGCUGUCAAUAGUUGUAUUCACGAUAUUCGUGGUCAAUGAAUGAGAGAUGAAAUAUAGGGUGGUUUAGUUUUUGUUUAGUUUAUUUUAUUGUUGUGGUAUUUUGCAGUGAAUGUUUAAGUGUAAAAGCUAUAAACGAUGCCUUUGGCUAACACGUCCGAUCCUUGGCGAAUGCAGAAUGUUGGAGAUAACACGAUUCUGGACCUACUUGAAAGGAAGUGCACUAUAUUAUUUGAAAUUAAUGUAUCAGCUAUUUCUGAAAUUAGUUGCAAGUAUGAAACAAAUAUGCUUUAAAGUUUAUAAGAAAAGUGUAUUCCUAGAGCUUGGUACAUCUGCACAGCCUGCAAACAGUCUUCCAAUAGUGGUUGAAAAUUCAGCUGAGUCUCGGCAAGCAUCCACAACUGAGAGUUUAGAGACCAGUGAGAAUAGUGAUGAAAGGGAAGUGGAAAUCCAAGAUGUUGUUAAAGAGGGACAUGAUAAGGCUGAUCCAUCACAGUUUGAAUUGCUCAAAGUACUUGGUGAAGGCUCCUUUGGAAAAGUAUUUUUAGUACGCAAAGUUACCGGUGCUGACUCUGGCACUCUCUAUGCUAUGAAGGUACUUAAAAAAGCCACAUUAAAAGUAAGAGAUAGAGAGCGUACGAAAAUGGAAAGGAAUAUCCUUGUUGAAAUGGGCCAUCCGUUUAUUGUUAAAUUACAUUACGCAUUUCAAACUGCUGGUAAACUAUACUUAAUACUGGACUUCCUACGUGGUGGUGAUUUGUUUUCACGACUCAGUAAAGAGGUGAUGUUUACUGAAGAGGAUGUAAAAUUUUACUUAGCAGAACUAGCAUUAGCAUUAGAACAUGUACACAAGUUGGGUAUCAUAUACAGGGACCUCAAACCGGAGAACAUACUCUUAGAUGCUGAUGGCCACAUAGCUCUUACAGAUUUUGGUUUGUCAAAGCUCCCUCCGACAAGUGAUAAAGCUUAUAGUUUUUGCGGUACAGUAGAGUACAUGGCCCCAGAGGUGGUCAACAGAAGAGGCCAUACAUUUGCCGCUGAUUGGUGGUCUUUCGGUGUUCUUAUGUUUGAAAUGCUAACAGGAAAUCUACCAUUCCACGGAUCGACAAGACACGAAACAAUGACGCAAAUUUUAAAAGCGAAACUUGGUAUGCCGUCAAAUCUUAGUGAAGAGGCGCAAUCUUUACUAAGAGCGCUAUUCAAAAGGAACCCCCAAAAUAGAUUGGGUGCUGGUGCAAACGGUAUCGAAGAUAUUAAGAAACACGAGUUUUUUGCGAACAUAGACUGGGAGGCACUUUGUAAAAAAGAGGUAAUACCGCCGUUCCGGCCGGCCGUGUCUCGGGCAGACGAUGCAUUUUACUUUGAUUCGGAAUUCACGUGUCGCACGCCUCGCGACUCGCCCGGUGUGCCUGCUUCGGCUAAUGCACAUGAAUUAUUCCGCGGGUUUAGUUUUGUGGCGCCCUGUUUGCUUAACGAUGAUGAUAACAAAACUGUUACGAAUCAGAACCAGAAUCAUGUGGCGCAGAACAACAAAACAUCUACCGAAGACUUUUGGGCCGGUUUUGUUAAUAGGAAUAACUUUUUCGAUGAAUACAGGUUGAUGGGUGAAUUAGGCACUGGAUCGUUUUCAGUAGUCCGCCUUUGUGAACAUAAAACCUCCAGGGUACAAUUUGCUGUCAAAAUAAUGGACAAAAUGCAGUAUGAUCCACGCGAAGAAAUUGAAAUACUUCUAAGAUACAGUCAACAUCCGCAUAUAAUAACGUUGCGCGGUGUUUACGAAGAGGCGGGUCGUAUCCUGGCCGUGACCGAGCUGUGUCGCGGCGGCGAGCUGUUAGAGCACAUCACACAGCGGCGCUACUUACCGGAGCAUGAGGCUGCACCCAUACUGAGGAAUGUGUUGCACGCCAUACAUUAUCUACAUAGACACACUGUCGUACAUAGAGAUAUAAAACCUUCGAACAUUUUAUUCGCGACAGCCGAGAAACUACCUGAAGACAUUCGUCUAGUGGACUUUGGAUUGGCAAAACAGUUGCGCGCUGAGAACGGUUUACUCAUGACGCCAUGUUAUACGGCCAACUUUGUCGCUCCCGAGGUACUGAAGCGCGCUGGAUAUGACGCAGCUUGUGAUAUUUGGAGCUUAGGUGUCCUGGCUUAUAUAAUGCUUUCUGGAAGAACACCGUUUGCUUCAACGGGCGAUGAUACUCCCGAAGCCAUUUUGGCAAGAAUCGAAUCUGGAAAGGUGGAGCUAUCGUCAGGCGUAUGGCGCGGCGUGUCGAGCGGGGCUCGCAACUGCAUCCGGCGCAUGCUGCAGCUGGAGCCGGCGCAGCGGCCGCGCGCCGCCGAGCUGGUGCGCGAGGCGUGGCUGUGCGCGCCCGCCGCGCCGCCCGCGCGCUCCCCGCGCUCCCCGCACUCCCCGCACACGCCCGCCGACACCACGCCGCCCGCCGCCGACCUGCGCCGCGCCGUCGACCUCACCUUCCAGGUCAUGACCGCGUCGCCCCUAACACCCCAAGUAUUGGGUCCUGUGUCACAGUCGACUCUCGCACAGCGUCGCAGUAAGCCACAGCGACGAUUCCCGCCAACACAACUUUAAAUUACUCCCGGCGUUACCUGCAUUAAGAAAAUUCCUAGAUGGGUAUGUUGGCCAGUAGUAUAAGGUAGUUUUAAACAUGCAUAUGUACGUCAACAAGAUUAAUUAAUUAUGUAAAAUGUUACUGUUAUGUAAUUGCCAGAAGGUAUACACACCACUCGAUUUUAAAUUUACGCAAGUAUUUUUUUCUUACCUUUUGUUGUGCUCGAUUCUUUUUACAAACUGAAUAUGGACACGCCGUAUAGGCAGGAAAUGUGAUUGAAAAUUAGUAUUUUUUUUUACUUGUUACCAACUUUAUUAUCUAAAGCAAAUUAGAACAUUCCACAUAAAUUUUAUUACUUUUUAUUGUUUUGGUAGUGGGAAAAAUAUUGAAUUAUUAUUAUAAAAACUUAUUUAUGAUUUUAAUUAUGUACACCAUCGAUGAUAUAAACCCGUUAUAAAAAUCAGUAUUUUAAAAGCGACCAAAGAAAAUCGGAACAAAUUAAUAUCGUAUAUCCCAUACAAAAAAGGAUCGUGUCGUUCGUGUAGCACACAUUGAAAUUCCCGAAAGGUUUUUAAAUCAAUCGUGCGAUCAAAAGUAAAAGAAUAAUUGACCGGGGUUUUUAUAAAUGUAUCAAUGAUGUACAAGAAUUUUAUGAAGACUAAAGCAAUUAUUAAAGAAAUUUAGUUUUUCUUGAAUUAUUUUGUUAAAAAAGAAGUCCUGAUCUACCUGCACUUAAGAAAUGGUUAUGAAUUCGUCUUCCUACGUUUGUCGUAGUAGUUCAAUAAGAAACGCUUACCCACCUGUUGUAUUCGUAACUUGAUAAUAACUAUUCUGUGCCAUUCUUUUGAAUAUUUUUUCAUUCAUGUUGUUACAAGACUCGUUUACGUGCAAUAUAUUUUCUUUAAUAUAUAUACAACCUAAAAAUCUUAUAUUUUAAUCGAUGUAGUAGCUUAAUACGUUUAUGAAUAUUAAGUAUUUUUAGAAAAUUAAUUACAGAUACUCAUGUCUCAAAUUUGUUUUGAAUGUGUUUAAGUAUUUAUCACACAUGAUUAUACUAAGUUAAAUAAAAAAGAAACGAACGAGACAAAAAUAACAAUGUAAUUGUAAUUUAUAUAAAAUGUUAAAACCAAAAAAAUCUACACUUAACAAUGACUUCUAAAUGGCCAUUUAUAGUUUUACUAUGUCUGUAUUUGUGUUGCUGAUUUACUAUAACUCAUUUAUCUAUACUAAUAAUGUAAAAGGUAAAGUUUGUGACUUUGUAGGGGGUAACUAACAAACCGAAUAUUUAAAUCCUUUUACUAAAAGAUAGCCACGUUAUUUGCGAAUGUCAUAGGGUACAUAUUAACGCGAAAAAUACCACCCUACAAAGUGGCACAGGUCGGCUAGUACUAGAUAUAAGAAACAUCCAUUUCUAUUUUUGUAGAUAAACCUAAUCUAGUUCAUUUUACCAUAUCUAUAUUUCACCGCCUUCCAGUUUACAGUAUUAAAUGUUAGGUUGUAAGAAUUUAACCGUACCGUACCCGAUUUUAAUGUAGUUUAAAUUGAACAAAACCAAUAGGGUAUUUUUCUAAAGGUGGUGGAAUAUUCGUUAUCAUGUUCAUAUCAAUAUGGCCUAACAGCUCACGAAAGCAUAAUUCAUUUCAAUUACUCUCGUUAUAUUUCUUGUAUGUAGAGUGUAGUGUCAUUAAAUGUAGAAUAAGUGAUCAAAAUAUUCAUUUAUUUUUGUUACAAUUGUUUAGACUAAUUUACAUGUAAUUAUUGAGUUAGUUUAAACGCAAAUAUGUUGUUAUAUUGUAGUGUUGCUCUAACUUGCUGUGCCAUUCCCUAUGCUUUAUCAUUAUUUAAUUUUGGAAUACGCCUCUUAACAUUUAACUGAAUGAUUUAAGUACUAAACAAGAGACGGCGAGUUAAAUUUUUAAAUAUAUUUUUUUUAUUUAAAUCUUCAAUAUUAAUUAAUCAAACAUGGUAGGUACGACGGAUCAAGUAUCAAUAGUUGACCAAAAGAACUUCUUUACGUUGUCAUAAAGGUGCAAAUAUCCAUAUGGAAAUACUAUCACCGAUGUUCAAUCCAAAUAACCAUUUUCUUCCAUUAGAUAAAAAUAUUAACUUUUAAGGCAUCCUCGAUUAUCUGUAUCUAGAAAUUUUCGGUCAGCCGCUACACGCCUAUUGUUAUUAUGAGGAUGUAAUAGCAGACUGAAAACUUCAACUCCUCAAGCCAAACUAUUUAUACAAAUGACGAUAUUUAUAUAAUUGAUACUGUGUAUUAAAUUACAAUCUGUAAAUCGUACGUUAUUUUUUCAUUCUAAGGUGGUUGUCUUGUAUAUUCACAUAUUUUUAUACAUUAUUUACUGUAUUUUAUUUUUACUACAUGUAUUUGAUAAACUACAUAUAUAUAAUUAACAUCAUGGUGAUUGGUUUUCUACCAAAGAUUAGGUGGUCUUAUUUAACUUAAAGAUAAACAGAUUAAACGUAAACAUAAAAUACGUAGUUAUCGUAGUUUUAUAUUUAUAGUAGAGCAUUAAGGUGCAUUUAGAAUAAUGUUUUGUUUUUGUACGUACAGCAGCAAUACUGGCGAUAAUUAAUAUGUGUCGAAAUAUAGCUUUAUUUCGAUUUUUUUUUAAUCAUAAUAAUAUUAUUAAAUUAAAUUUGUCCAGUAUUACUUGCUGUACUAUGUAUUUUUUCACAUAAAUAUAUUUAUUUUACUACAGUUUUAUCAACUGAAGGAAUUGAUAUUAAUUCUUAAUAGGUACUUAUACUAAAAUUAAGAUCAUUAAGUAGUAUUGUAAUUUUUAACGAUUUCAGUAUCAAACAUAUCUGGAUCAGCAAAUGUGCAGAAACUAUUGAUCUAUUAGGAACUUUGUAAUUCUAAAAUAAUUGCACAAACAAGUUGGUUUAUUCAUAUUAUUAAAUAGUAUCUAGAUGAUAAAACAUAAUAUUAGCUGCAUAAUCGAAACGAAUAUUGCAUAAUUUUAUCUUUACCUACAUAGUAUAAAAUGAAAUCGCUUCCUCUGGCUGUUCACUUAGAUCUUUAACUUGAUCGGAUUUUAUGCGGUUUUCAGCAAAAGAUACAAUAAUUUAAGACGAUUGUUUAUAUGCGUACGUAAUUACAUAUUAUAGUAUAGGAAGCAGAAAAUCACCGAUGCAUAACGCAAUGUCGUAACACAUUAUAUGUUUGGGGGCUUAAAUGGCAAACGCUGGCAAACGUUACGAAAUAAAUCUAAUUAAUGUACCACGGAGUUGCAUAACUUUUAAAUAUGGUCACAAAGUCCGCUAUUGUAUACUUCAAAGGAUAACGCGCAGUUACCAUCCAUCUAUAACACAUGUUACAAAAAAGGUAUAAUUUGCCAAACUAUGAAAUACUAAUGCAAAAAUUUCAUGUAGACCCCUUAAUAGCAUUUCAUGAAAAUGGGUAACUUAGAAGCUAACUAAGGUUUAAAUGGCGGAAGCACAGCGGCUGGCAAGCCGAAUAGGUUUCUCCCAGUUGUCGGCGGUCGACUAUCAGUCUGUCAGUCGUUAAUGUUGUAUACAAAGACAUCUUGAAGCAAAUUAUUAUAAGGUACCUGUCCCACAUUUGUAUUUACAUCGCUAGUAUUUUGUGUACAUAAUAAAAAUUAAGGCGUAUUGUAGGUACACGCUUGUGUUUGUUGAGUGCUGCCGGACAUGUGCAGUCACUUAUCUUAUUUCUAAUACGUAUUGCUAAAAUUAUUCCUUCUAACUAUAUUACUGUGUUAGUUUUGUUGUAAAAAUUAUAAUAAUCAUUGGGAACACUGGACGUAAUAUUGGAUUUCAAGCCAAAUAUUUUUGUAAAAAAAUAUAUGAGUAACUUCAAUACGUAUAAAGUACAUAAAAUGCAUUAAAGUACAAAAAUAAUAAUUGAAUACCCUCAUAAGGAUUAAAUUAUUAUUAUUUAAAAAGAGGAUUGAAAGUCCUUAUGUAAAAUUAUUGAAAUUGUAAAUCAACUCAGUAAAAUAAUCGUGAUUUAUUAUAUAAUAAUUCAGUUAUAUUUAACGAGUAGGCAUUUAAUUAUUCCCUCACUUACAUUUUUUAAUCUACAGCUGCAUCGUCCCCCUAUUUAUUCUUAUUAAAAUCUAAUAGUAUUUAUUACAUUUUUUCCGCCUUAAAAAUAAGUAGUUGCUUCGCCUUAUCGAUAUCCCUUAUAAACAAACACGAUAUUUCAUUUUAUCAUUAAAGUAAAUCUUUAAUUUAAAUAGUUUAGAGGUUCUGUGCUUACCUAUACUACACACGGGAUGUAUAUCUUUGAUACCUUUUCAAUUUACGAAUCUGUUAAUAUUAUAAUUCCUUUAUGUUUGCCAGUGGCAAAAAGUAUAUACUAUCUGCUGCGGAAUCGUAUAAAUCAUGUGUUAAUGAUUUUUUAACUUUUCAUAAUUGAUUAAUAUUUUCGGUUAGCUUUUUUUAUGAUUUUCACUUGUCAAAUCCGAUUUACUAAAACGAUGUAAUUAUAAUGUAAGUACUGAAUAGUGCUAAUAUUGUAUUAGUCCAUAGCUAAGUACUGGAUAUAAUAAAUACAAUAUUCUGUGUCAACCUUGAUGGAUAAGAUAAAUUGCAUAUUUAAAAAUUUAAUACUUGCACGCAUGUGUAAGUAAUCACUGAUUUAGUUUUAGAAACUUUUAACACAAAACAAAUGAUAUACUUAGUUCAUAUUUGCAAUUUCUUUUUAUUUCAAUUAUUUUUCUAUAAUGAAAUCUUUAUACAUUCCGCUUAGAUUGACACAGAAUUUAUGUAUGAAUUUAAUUCACUUUAAACCGAGCUUGCCUGCACAUUUGUUAAUUAAUUAUUAAGAAAUAUUUUCCUAAUGGCUCAUAAUGUGUUGACGUUGAAGUAGAUAGUUUUUUCAAAGACACUUCAAAUUGUGGCAUAGUUAUACAAAUUAAAGUAACAUUUGUUGAUAUUUUGUAACUGACACAAAUUGUACUAACAAAAGACCACAAAUAUUAGGAAUUGAAAAAUGAGAGAAACAUAAUUUUCAUUUGCCCCAUUAGUGUAGUAAUUAAAAGAUUUUGUGGUCUUGAUGUUAAUGUUAUGUCACAUCUAUUUUUCUAUCUAAAUGGGAAAUUAAAUUUCUACGUAGAAUAAUGACAGCAAAUUGUUGCAUAGAAAUCACAUAUUAGAGAUGUAAUAUAAUAUUGUUGAUAUUGCUUAAA